AGAAUGCAAGCUGUAAUAUUUUUGUUGUGUACAAUUGGCUUCGUGGGCAUCGUGGGGCAGCUGAGGGCAGAUGAUGGCAAGUGUGGGUACUUCGAUGAGGUACAGAUGCACAAACAGGAUAGCUUUGCAGUGCCCACAGAACAUCAGUGGCUGGCCCGCAUUGCCUAUAGCGACAACAACCAUCAAGUGCCCACUGGUGGGUGUAUGGCGGUGCUAAUUUCUAAGCGUAGCCUUCUAGCUCCAGCCCACUGUUUUGUCCGGUUCGAGAGCAAGCCGGAGGCAUUCUCCGUGCACUUGGGAGUCUGGAAUAAGACGGCUGAUGUGAAUCAGCCCACUUGUUUGAAUGGAUACUGCGUGCUGCCCGCACAGGAAAUAAAGCUGGCCGAAAUAAGCAUACAUCCCGAGUACGAUCCGCUAACAUUCAAGAACAGUCUGGCGGUGCUGACCCUGCAGAAGGAUGCCAAGCUGACGGCGAAUGUGCAGCCAGUUUGCAUGCCACCGCCCAGUGUAGCCAACGACACCCUUGUGGGGCAAAUGUUUAUGCUGGCCGGAAUUCCGGUGAACAAAGUCCUCAAGAACAAGUCUUGGGUGAAGACGGUCAGUACGCCCUGGUGCCAGAGUAAGCACAAUUCCCUGCUUACCAGCAGCACCAUGGUCUGUGGCUACUUGCAGCAGAGCGAGUUGUACCACCUUGGCGCUCCAAUUGUGGCUGUGCAGGUGGAAGGGGACCUGCCCAAGAAUUUCUAUCUGGUGGGACUGCAAAUGGAUGUGCUGCGUGUGCCGAACACACAGCGCUAUGUGGCCAGUUUCCUCGAUGUUCGGCCCUACUUAGAGUAUAUCAACAAUAAUGCCAUUUUCGACUUGAAAUAAUUCGUUCAUAGAGUGUUUACAAAGGAAGAACUUGUUCGAUUCCAUAUUAAAAUGACACCCAACUUUGAAAUUCUACAAAA